AGACGCAAAGGUUUCUCCUAAAAUGUUGUGUGUUCUGUGUUCUUUCUCAUUUCUCUCUACGUAAAUUGGUAUGUCUCAGCAUAAUCAGUAUUACUCUCUGCGCAGCGGAGGAUGUGAGAAAUUAAGAGCUAUAUAAGUGUUGUGUUGGUAUUGGAACUUGGAGUCUUUGCAGGAACGUACUUUCUCUUUCGGAUUAGAGGAAAAACUAGGCAAGCUGUUAACUGAAGAAGUUGAUUGAAUGGCAAAAGUUUGUUGGCCAUAUUUUGAUCCCGAGUAUGAGAACUUCAGCAAUAGAAUCAACCCUCCAAGGGUCUCUGUGGACAAUGAUAGUUGCCAUGAUUGUACACUGAUCAAGUUUGAUAGUGUUAACAAACCUGGAAUUCUGCUGGAAGUCGUGCAAAUCCUGACAGACCUUGAUUUCAUAAUUACCAAAGCUUACAUAUCUUCUGAUGGUGGAUGGUUUAUGGAUGUAUUUCAUGUCACGGAUCAACAAGGAAAGAAGAUAACCGACAGCAAAACUAUUGACUUCAUUGAAAAGGCUUUAGGACCAAAGGGAAAGAGCACAGAAGGGGUGAAGAGUUGGCCAGGCAAACGGGUUGAUGUGCAUUCUGUUGGUGAACAUACAGCCAUUGAGCUCAUUGGUAGAGACCGUCCAGGUCUCUUGUCUGAGAUAUCAGCUGUCCUUGCAAGCCUUCAAUUUAAUGUGAUUGCAGCUGAAGUUUGGACUCAUAACAGGAGAAUAGCUUGUGUUCUUUAUCUCAAUGAUGCUACAAGCCAAGCUGUGGAUGACCCAAAAAGAUUAUCUAUUAUGGAGGAGCAACUCAACCACAUCCUACGUGGUUGUGAGGAUGAUGAGAAAGUGGCUCGGACCAGUUUCUCCAUGGGUUUCACACAUAUGGAUCGGAGGCUCCACCAAAUGUUGUUUGCUGACCGAGAUUAUGAAAGUGCUGGAGCAACAACAACAGAUGUUGAUUGUCCUCCCUCUUUCAGGCCAAAAAUCAGAAUAGAACGUUGUGAGGAAAAAGGUUAUUCAGCUGUUAGUGUGAGAUGCAAAGAUCGGGCAAAAUUGAUGUUUGACAUUGUUUGCACUCUCACUGACAUGGAGUAUGUUGUUUUCCAUGCCACAAUAUCUUCGGAAGGGCCUUAUGCAUCCCAGGAGUACUUUAUUCGGCACAUGGAUGGAUGCACUCUUGAUACUGAAGGGGAGAAAGAAAGGGUCAUCAAAUGCAUUGAAGCUGCUAUUCAAAGAAGAGUAAGCGAGGGUGUGAGCCUUGAGCUGUGUGCAAAGGAUAGAGUUGGCUUGCUGUCUGAAGUAACUAGGAUUCUACGAGAGAAUGGCUUAAGAGUUUGUAGGGCAGGUGUAUCAACCAUAGGGGAGAAAGGACUAAAUGUUUUCUACGUGAGAGAUGCAUAUGGAAACCCAGUGGACAUGAAGAUCAUUGAAGCACUACGUAAAGAAAUUGGCCAAACAAUAAUGGUCAAUGUGAAGAAGGAACCAGCCAACACCACCAAAGCACCAGAAACCAGAGGAUGGGCUAAAACAAGCUUCUUCUUUGGGAACUUGUUGGAAAGGUUCUUGACUUGAGAGUUGAGAAUCAUGCUGCUGAUUCUUGUUGCUUCUUUGCCAAAUGACACAUUACAAUGUAUAGAUAAGAAUAAAGCUGUUGUGUGUCAAACUUGGACAGUGCUUGAACUUGGUCCUUUUGUUUUAGACCAAUGCUUAUAUAAGUUGUAUUCCUUGUCCUACUUUUAUGUAUCCCAUUUUAAUUAUCAUA